CCGCGCCGAGUCGGGCCGAAGCGGAGCCGCGCGAGACCAUUCGUACGCAACACGCGACCACGUCGGUUGCGCGGCGGACGCGCGUCCGGUUUCCUCUCACGCGGGUGUGCGAAAGGCUCGCCGGUCCGAACGAUUGUCGCUCGCGGUCGAGUGCGCGCGCGCGCGUAAACGCAAAAUGUGAUCGGUUGACUUUCCCGCUUCUUUUUUUCUCUCUCUCUCUUGAAGUCUCGCAUUCUUUCUUUCUCCUUUUCCCAGUCGGAGGCGAAGGAAGGGAGCGGCGCCGGCGAGGAUUUCACCUCGUGAGGACUCGAGGCCGAUAGCGAACAUGACACUUCCGUGAGGAGCUGAAGUUUCCGAUGGAGAACCAGGGUUACGAAGAGGAGCAGUCGCGCGUAGCAAAAGAACAGUCCACACUCGAGUUUCGCCGUCGCGAUCAGCAGCUUCGCGCGGACACGAUCGGCGCGAUCGAUGAUCCCGUUGUCGCAAGGACGACGACGCAUCCCGAGGGUCACGUGUACGAGGACAUCGCGAUCGACGCGGGGGCCGAUGCUCGCGAGCGGACGUCCGGCCUCGACGAAUCUCGAAACUCCGACCUCGAGGAACGCGGACCGAUCGAUUUCGCUAGGCAAGCUUGGAUCAACCGACCGCCGUCACCCGCGAUCGACAGUCCCUUCCAACGGAACUCGACGUUGUCCUCUUCGGCUAGGAUCAGCACGAAUCACGGCAGCACGACCACCUUGUCGCGAACGGCAUCCAAGUCAGGCGAAGAUGUUCCUGAGAGAGUCUUCGGCAAGUCCCGCGACCUCCCAGCACCUCCCCUCGCCGGAGAGAACGAAGAUUCGUCGCGAGGUGACACCCCGGUGACGCAGUCCGAUCGUCGAGCGAAUCGCAGACGCAGGAAGAAGGACUGCAAGCAUUGCAGGAGCAAAUUAGCCGACGCAGGCUCGUGCGAGAAGUUAGAUGAGCUGAUCGAUAGCAAAGACGCAAUUCUGAGGGAGAACCGAAACAAUCACAAGCAUCCGGACGCGUCCACUCUUUUAUUCCGGGAGUCGCUUCUGAGGACGCAGAACAUAAAGAUCUAUCCACUCGUGAGGACGAGUCUCCGGGAUAUCGAUGCCAAGAAAGGUUCAUCGACCGCGUUUCCCGCGUCCGAGUAUGGGGUGCAUACGGCGGGGAAUCCGAUCAGGUACCUGCUGAACACGGAGAACGAUAGGAUGCUGGGCAAAGUAGUGGAGGGUGCCCAGAACAAAAUACUGGGAGUGCCGGGGAAUGGGACCGAUAUGAGGAUUAACUCGAUAUACUCGCAGGAUCGCUGGUACGGCAAGGAGCCGCAGGUGUUCUAUACCGACGUCAAGAAUCCUUUUCAGAGGGCCUAUUCCCUACCGACGCGGACGCACACCCCGACCUCGCAGAAUCGCGUUAAUUUACGUCGAAGCGUCAGAAACGAGCCGCCACCGCAUCCGGCGCGCCUGGACAAGCACCGUCGCGGUUGGACGUUGCACCUGGCCCGUCCCCUGAAGGCAUCCGGAUGCUCGAGCCCGCUCAUACCCCUGCUGAUCGUCGUGCUGAUCCUGCUGGGGGUCGCGGGGGUCGCAUUGUACAUCGUCUUCGAACCCGAGAAGCUCCAGGUCAUUCAGCAAUACCUGAAGUCGUCGACGAGCAGGUUGACGGGGCAGAACGUUACUUCCGACGAACCGUCCGCGCCCAUGAUCCUGCACGACGAGUCAAAUCUGACGACCAACAUGACCAAGUUAACGUCGAUGACGGCGGAGAUCAUGGGCGCCCCUUUAAACGGCGAUCCGUCAUUUCCGGGAAGCACUUCGCCGCCGAGCGAAGGCGCGGAAACGGAAGCUGCGAGUCAGAACGUUAUUAAUGCAACGAGAUAUUGCGACGACUGCUUUCAGGACGAGGUGUGCGUCGCACUCGUCAACGAGGAAGUGCCGUCAUGCAGAAGCCCCCGGGAUCGCGACGAUCCUACCGGAUGUGCCGGUUUCUGCGUUGUCAAUAAGCAGAAGUGCCAUCGUCUCGACGUGGAUGCUUUCAGAUGCGUGGAGCUCGAGCACUAUUGCUUAGACAACGAGUGGACUUGCUCAAACACGGUAUGCAUCCCCUUAGAGAAGCACUGCGACGGGCAUAUGAAUUGCUACGACCAUUCGGACGAGUACAAUUGUGACUGCAAUCUGGAGACGCAUUUUCAGUGCGGUAACGAGACUUCCUGCCUUCCGUUGCAGAGGAGAUGCGACAGCAAGGUAGACUGCUGGGAUGCAACCGACGAGAUGAAUUGCACGUUAGGUCGUAAUCUUGAUUGGUCUUGCCUCUCGGACAACGAAAUUACUUGUAACAAUGGAGAAUGCAUACUGAAAGUUCGCUUUUGUGACGGGUUAGCAGACUGCAGCGACGGAUCGGAUGAGCCUGACGGAUGCGAAAUGCGAUGCAAUAAGCACGAAUUUACAUGCCAAAACAAGAGAUGUAUUGAGAAAGAAAUGAAGUGUAAUGGGAUUGACGAUUGCGGUGAUGGCUCGGAUGAGAGACACUGCAAAGACCGGUUUACUUACAAUUAGUAUUUACACAUGAAAGAAGACAUUGCCAAUCAGAGGAAGAUUAAAUGCAGUAUUUUAUACAAAUAAAUGUAAGUAAUGUAUAUAGCGUGUUGUAGAGAGAAAUACGACAAUAUAUAUAUUAAAUCGUUUUAUUUAUU